ACCGAUGUGCAAUUUUUUUCAGUGGUUAAAAACACGAAUGACGUCACUGAUUAUUUUGUAUGCGAUCAUAAAAAGUUUUAGCAGAGUUUAAUUUGUGAUUUUUUCGUAAAAGCGAAAUAAACAACGCGAAAAUAUGCCGGAAUCUGCUCUGGCUGUAUUCGAGAGGGAGAACUUCAAUGCAGAAAAGUAUGUUAAGGAACUGGUCCAGGAUUGCGUCGGUGGACCGGAGCUGCAGCAAACCAAGGCUAAAAUUCAAGCGCACAGCGACACGGUUUCGUCAACGCUGAAGAAACAUGUGUACGAAAAUUAUAUGCAGUUCAUCGAAACGGCUAAGGAAAUUUCACAUUUGGAAUCGGAAAUGUACCAACUGUCGCACAUACUGAUCGAGCAGCGCAAUUUGCUGUCGACCUUGCGCGACGAAUCGAUGCUGGACGAUCAGAAGUACAUCAUCCAGGAGGAUCAGAGCUUGGAUCCGAACGUGAACGAGGAACAACAGAACAAGAAGGCGAUCCAGCUCAUCAAGGAAUCGCUAAUUGGAUACAAGGGUAAUCUAGAUGAUAAAGUAUUUAUCCACGAGGGAGGACUCAUCGAGCUGGACACCAACGACUACCGUCCAAUAUGCCGAAUCCAUCUGUUUCUGUUCAAUGAAAUUCUCGUUCUGGCGAAGGUUAAACAUGACAAAAAAUUGGAAUUCCUCACUGAGUACGACACCAAAAAGCUGGCUGUUAUCAACAUCAAAGAUUUGGAUGGGGUAAAUAAGAACGCCAUCAACGUGAUCACCACUGAUGGAGCUCGGAUAUUCCAGUGUGUCAAUGCUGCAUCCAAGCUUGAGUGGAUUAACAAAUUCGAGGUUGCCAUUAAAUUCAACCAGUUAAAACACAAGAAAGGUCCAGCGCCACAACCUCCUACCACUCUAAAACUUGACCAACAGAAAUCAAUCGAAAGCAAUGAUCUACUGUUGAGUCCCACUGCUUCGGAGAUUGCGGCUGUCGUGGAAAUCCUGGCCCCAGAUUGGUUGUCCUCUGCUCCGGAGGAAAUUCAAGCUGAAAUAGCGCAACGCCACUUUGAGGAUAGUUUAGCUUUGGUGCAAAAGUGUGAGGAAUACCUGGUUAAGGAUAGUUCAUUCCAUGCAGCAUCGGAGAUAACAGAUAAGAUAAAAAAUUUAAAAGGAACACUUUCAUCAGUGCUCAUGCAAGAAUUGUCCAGCUCUCAAAGUCGCAGCCUGCAGGCGGCUUUGCGUUCCAGUCGAAGACCUCUAAAGUUGCUGGUCGAGAUGGGAAAAGCUCGGGAAGCUUGUGGCAUAUUGCUAAAGGUUUGCAGCAGCGCUAUCCGGGGAUCGCAGCGCCAAGCUCGGCGAAACAAUCUGGCCGUCUCGGAGUUGUUCUUCUGUGAUGUGGCCCAAGUCGCCAGUGAAUUCCUCCGAGCGUUCAGCAGUAAAGCUUCAUGCACUUCGGCCCUCAUCGUGUGGUGUAAUAUGGAGCUGCAGUAUUUCGCAUCGCAACUCAUCAAGCACUAUCUGACCAAAGAUUCGCAGCUGGAAUCGAUCGCCAAGGUUGUGGAAGGCGUUCGUGAACCUUGCUUUAAACUGACGGAAAUCGGAUUAGAUCUGUCCUAUCACAUGGAAGGUUUACUGCGGACGACGCUGGAACAACUUCUGGAGGAAGCCAAAUUUCGUUUAGUGGAUUCCAUCGGACGCACGGAAGAUGUCUGGCAACCGUACAAUCUGCAGACAAAGUCCGGUUUGCGGAAUGUUCUGAAAGAGUUCGAUUCGCUUGGUUUGGAUCUGAAGCCCCUGGUGACCGGGGACACUUGGAUCAAUUUGACUCAGACGACGGUGAAUUUCUGUCGUCACUUUUUGACCACAACUGACAGCUGUGCCUAUUUGGCGAAGUAUGACUCGCUCAAGUUGGAUGCCGAGCUAUUGUUGAAGGAUCUGUUUGUGGCCCAGCAUGCUAUCAAGCCACAUGCAAGCGUAAGCGUUGAUCUCAACUUCGUCUCCAAAAAUAAAGCCUACAUGGUCGAUGUGCUGCUGCCGAAUGCCGUCGAACGAUUUGAGAAGAUUUCCGGCCAACGACCGGACCUGCUGGCUGAAGUGCCAACGCUUCUACGAGGACCCCCGAAACCGAAACCUCGCAGUGUCUACAAAACGGAUGUCAUCUAGAGACCUACGCAAACGCUUAACACGUGUUACAACUAAAACAAAUAUUUAAUCCAUAAACGUUAAGGUUUAACCCGCUUUAAACAAACGCAUCGGUUCUAAAAAGCCAACCUGUAUUAAUGGCAUUAUAAAAGCUAGGCCUUAGUGAAAAACCUAA